AUGCUGAAUAACCACAGUGGAGCAGAGCCUUGUCCUCACACGUCUCGCAAAGGAGGAAAGGGACUCGGCAAAGGCGGCGCCAAGCGUCACCGCAAAGUCCUCCGUGACAACAUCCAGGGCAUCACUAAGCCCGCUAUCCGCCGUCUGGCUCGCCGCGGCGGUGUGAAGCGUAUCUCAGGUCUGAUCUACGAGGAGACCCGCGGAGUGCUCAAGGUGUUUCUGGAGAACGUGAUCCGUGACGCCGUCACCUACACCGAGCACGCAAAGAGGAAGACCGUGACUGCCAUGGACGUGGUGUACGCCCUGAAGAGACAGGGCCGCACCCUGUACGGCUUCGGAGGUUAA